AUGGUAGCUACAUCUUCAGAGGGGAAGAAGAAGGUUGCAGUGCUCGGAGCAACAGGAUCUGUUGGUCAGCGAUUCAUUCUUCUUCUUGCUGACCAUCCAUUGCUGUAUCUUCAAGCAGUCGGGGCUUCAUCCCGAUCUGCUGGCAAGUUAUACAAGGAUGCUGUUCGAUGGAAGCAAGCCAGGCCAAUGUCAGAGGAAUUGGCGAAUCUGGAAGUCAGGGAGUGCAAGGCGAGCAACUUCCAGGAUGUGGAUCUGGUAUUCUCGGGUCUUGACAGUGAUGUCGCCGGGGAAGUUGAGAUGGAGUUCCUGAAAGCUGAGAUCCCAGUUUUCUCAAACGCAAAAAACUACAGAAGGGAUCCUAUUGUUCCUUUGGUGGUUCCAACCGUCAACAUAUCACACUUGGCUCUUAUCCCACACCAAAGGAAACACUUUGGUCUCAAGAAGGGGUUUUUGGUUUGUAAUUCCAAUUGCGCUGUUAUUGGAAUUGUCAUCCCAUUCGCCGCAUUGCAAGCAAAGUUUGGACCAGUCGAAGAUGUCGAGGUCUUCACAGAACAAGCAGUUUCUGGUGCUGGAUAUCCUGGCGUAUCAAGUAUGGACAUCAUGGACAACGUGAUACCCUACAUCGCUGGUGAAGAGGAUAAACUCGAGACCGAAGCUCAAAAAAUUCUAGGUGCUAUCAACUCAGAGGCCACAGCAUUCGAGGAACAAUCUGGUCUCACAGUUGGCGCCACUUGCACGAGAGUGGGAGUUACAGAUGGGCAUAUGGCUUUCGUCUCCCUCAGGUUCAAGCAAAGACCACCACCCAGUGCAGAGCAAGUCAAACAAGCGAUGCGAGAAUACGUCGCGGAGGCACAGAAAUUGGGAUGUCCAUCAGCUCCAGAAAAGGCAAUUGUUGUCUUUGACGAGCCGGACAGGCCACAGCCUCGACUGGACCGAGAUAUUUCGGGAGGUUAUGCCGUCAGCGUUGGUCGUGUCAGGGAGGCCGCAAAGGGAUCACAUUUCGAUAUCAGAUUCGCUGCAUUGAGCCACAACACAGUCAUCGGAGCUGCAGGGUCAUCAAUACUGAAUGCUGAAGCCGCUAUCAUUCAAGGUCUCAUAUGA